AUGUUCAAGAGAGUUGGUGAGCAAUUCACUGCUAUGUUCAGAAGAAAGGCCUUCCUCCAUUGGUACACUGGUGAGGGUAUGGACGAGAUGGAAUUCACUGAAGCUGAAUCCAACAUGAACGAUCUCGUUUCCGAGUAUCAACAAUAUCAAGAUGCCACCGCUGAGGAUGAAGAAGAGAUGGACGAGGAGCAAAUGGAAUGA